CGAAGAGGGCAGGGACUGAGGGCGUCUUGAGGGUGGGGCAAGAGCUCUGAGGUACAGGUGACAAAGCUCCACCUGGCAGCGGUGUUGCGUCUGGACCCUCGAUAGCUGCAGUAGUGGCACCAGCUAAUAACUUUGGACAGUGACGCCAGCACUUGGACCAGCACCAUGGCAUCAGAUGUAAAACAUCCCCCUCCCUACACCAUUCCAGUUGACCAACCUGAGGGAGACAAUGUGAAAAUCUAUCAUCUGCAUACUCCAUUCAACCCUGUGGGCACAGAGACUGUCACACCCGCUGUACCAGUGUACACGUCUGGAGGCGGUGGCUUGAGCUCAGGCUUCGACGGCGAUGGCCAUAAAAAGUUGACCAGUUACGACACAUCGCUGGGUUUUAAUUCUGGCAUGACCACGUGCCCCUCCUGCCAGCAGCAAGUCAUGACGAACGUUUCUUACAAACCGGGGAAAUAUGCCUGGCUGAUGACUCUCCUCUUUUUCUGCCUCGGGUUGGUGCUGUGCUGCUGCCUGCUUCCCCUAUUCUUCAAAAGAUUCAAGGAUGCCCACCACACAUGCCCCCGUUGCAAUAGACUGCUGCAUGUGGAGAAGAGGAAAUGCUGUGACUGAGCCCCGCCCGACACACAUAUACAACACACUGGUCAAAAUAAGACCAACACCCCCACCCACCCCUGCACCAAAUUGACAACAACAGAGUCACUUCUUUCAAUGGGUGAGCCGGAUUGAGCUGGCAUGGUUUUUCCAUCUUAAACAAUGGUGCAAUCACAUUCAUCCCCUCCCGCUGCACUUCUUCCUCCUGAUUACAGCAACAAACAAAAUCUCCUCUUUUGUUUAGCGCCGACGUCAUUGAUUAUCAUAUACAUAGUUCAAAUGAAGGACUGUACAUACAUAUAAGCCUAUUAAGUGUUUUAAGGAAUCAAUCAUGUGAAAUUGAAAAGUGGAAAUUGUCAUGUUUGUGCCACCAGGCAAUAGACGAAGCUAUUGAAUGCAUGUAUGUCUCUCUUUAUGAAGGAAUUAAAACUGAUAAAAA